AUGUACCAUGAUCCUGCGAACCAAGCUAGGACGGAAAGACAGGCUCGAAUCCUUUUGCAGCGAUUCAGAGCAUCGCACCAGUACAUGAAGUAUCGCAACAGACAACGCAAAGAUGAAAAGCCCGGGCUAGACCAGAAAUGGCCAGAUCGCUUGGAGCUGGCAUUUUUCCAAGGUAUGCACCGAGCCGAUUGACACAGUCCCGAGUAUCAUUGACGCCUCCGAACAGCCCUCAUCAUGUGGCCGCCGAUGGGCCGUCGCCAACUAAUGCUCAAGGAGAAGAAACGAGGACGAAACGAGCUCAUCGCCGACUAUAUCGAAGAGCUGACGGGAGAAGCUCGGGACAGAAAGCAGGUGUCCAGUCACAUUCAGGUGCUGAAACCAUUUGUUGAGCAUGAUCCAGUCAUCAUGCGGUACUUGUCGACAGAUGAUCUCGCUGCUCAAAGCCGCUACUUCACCGGGCGUGCUGCUUCUCAUCACGAUACCCGACGCGCUUCGUCUGCGUAUCCUGUACACGCUAUGCAACAUGUGGCUCGACCGCCCAUACCGGCAAUGACGGCGAAGGAGACGCUCGACCUGUCAAAAGUGAAAGACCAACUGGACGUCUUUGAACCACUCGACUUCCAAAUGUUCGUGCAGCAGAAGCUUGACGACGGCCAGGUCAACCGUCUGCACACUUACACGCAGUCGAUUAGGAACCCUUUGCACAAGGAGAUUCAACUUCACAAUUGCCAGACGCCAUGUCAAUCUCCAGCCGAGCAAGAUGCGUACCCUUGUCAAAAUCUCGAGCGAGACUUCCCUCUGCUCGCAGCAAUGCACAGGGUCCGACCGCUCGACUGCAAUGUUCUGUUCGCUCAAGCGUCGCUAGCGUUCCCAGACAGCAACUUCAAGGACCCAGACGGAAACGCUAUCAAGGGCGUCGAACUGGGUAUCUCCUUCAUCUGUCGCACUCGUCACAUUCCCGUCACUGCUCAAGUGCUCUGCAACAAUACUUUCUACCAAGAUGGCGAGAUGCUGCAUCAAUUCAGCAGUCAUAACGAAGUCCACCUGACCCAAGCAGACGAUACGGACAAAACGGUCCUCGAAACUCAGGUGAAAUUCGGCAGCACCUUUUGGGCAAACAAACUCCGCAUGCUGGCCAUGAAGCUGAACAAUGACGCUAACCCAAAUGCCAAAGAAGAAGUUCAAGCUUUCCUGGACGGUAUUCAAGCUUCACAGGAGAUCGUUGCGCGGACAGAAUCUGGCGUCGAAAAGUUGCUGGUCAUCUACUGGAGAUUCCGCCUUUCGACCAGUCCUACUGGAAGGGCUUACUGGAACAGACUACAUCUACCGCCUAUCGGUGCUUCGUCGGAUUAUACUGUCACUGCAGCAGAGCAAUCUUCACAGCAGCAUAUCAGAACCGAGCGCGUCGAUUCCGUGUACGCAGACUACAACGCCUCGAUCCCCGUCACCUUCCCCGCCGAUCCAACCGCGCACGCAAUGUCCGUCUCACAACCCGCCCUCCAGUCACCUUUCGAAUACGACACGACCACACCCAGCUGGCCCACCACCGCAGGCUCUUUUGACGAGACCACGGCAGCCAUGGACUUUGACAAUGACUUCGACUUCUGCGGGGGAAACAUCAAUAUCUCAGCAUUUGACCCCACGCUCGACUUCAGCACCUUCGACAGUUCCGCGUUCAAUUUCGACGAAUUCCCGACGGAUCCAACGCUACAGGAUUACUCCCAACCUGCUCCCUUCUCACAAGCAGGCGAUUACUCCCAGCAAGCAACCACGGCGGACUACUCUUGGGACAACUAUAAUUUCAACGACAGUCAGGCGCAAUCCGUUACCGGAGCGAGUGCUUAUCCAGCGGCGCUAUCGCAGAGCCAUCAGGAGGUGUUUGACGGGUAUGCAAGUGGUGCGAAUGGGAAUUAUGAAGCACAAUCGCAAGCAUACAAUGUCGGCGUGGAAGGACAGGCAUAUGGCGGUGCAAGGCAAGACAGUUUGGCAAACGUUUAA